GGCAGCAACUUCACUGUGGAUAAAUCGCCGAUGUGGGGGUGUGGGGCUGACACUGCUGACAGUGGAGUUGAUGUCGUUGGUGGUGGCGGCUAAAAUCGAGGGCGAGACACUACAAGGAACACCGUGGCACGCAUCCUUGCCAGAAAAGUCAUAAUAAUCGCGUAGAAUGGGAAGAUUACAGAGGAAUGGUGCUGUGCUGGUGAUAAUAUGCCUCCUGAUAGAGACAAAUGGCUUUUACGUGCCUGGAGUUGCUCCAGUAGAGUUCAAGAAGGGUCAAAAGAUAGAUGUUAAAGCAGUCAAGAUGACCAGCACUCAUACGCAAUUACCAUACGAAUAUUACUCCCUUCCGUUUUGCUUACCCAAGAAUGGAACUUUCAUUUAUAAAUCUGAGAAUUUGGGAGAGGUGUUACGUGGUGACAGGAUAGUGAAUACUCCAUAUGAAGUUAUAAUGGCAGAAGAUAUCACUUGCAGACUACUGUGUCACGACCCAUCUAAAUUGAUGACUUGGGAUGAAGCCAAUUCCCAACAUGUUAUCCAGAUGGUUCAGCAUGAAUAUUUCGUACAUUUAUUGAUAGAUAAUUUACCAGCGGCUACUAGAAAGAAGCACAAAGAAACGAAUAACGUGGUCGUUUAUCAAGGGUAUCGCCUAGGCGGAAUUAUGAAUGAUCAAGUGUACAUCAACAACUAUCUUAAGCUAAAAUUAAGCUAUCACAAACACGGCGAAAACGAAUUUAGAGUAGUCGGAUUCGAGGUGGAAGCUCGAUCUAUCGACACAUCUCAAUUGACAUUCGAUGGGAAUACUUGUAUUUUACCGAGCGAGGCGAGUCCGCAGUUUGUUAAUCUGAAGGGCACAAGUCUCCUCUUCCUGUAUUCGGUGGAGUGGAAACAGUCAGACGUCAGCUGGGCGAGUAGAUGGGAUGUGUAUCUUGGCAUGAGCGACGUAGAAAUCCAUUGGUUCUCGAUUAUCAAUUCUCUUAUUGUCGUCUUCUUCUUAUCUGGAAUUCUUACGAUGAUCAUGGUAAGGACGCUUAGAAGAGAUAUAGCCCGUUACAAUGCAGGCGAGAGUGACAGUCUGGCAGGUUUAGACGAAACCAUCGAGGAGACAGGCUGGAAACUAGUCCACGGAGAUGUAUUUCGACCACCAAGCAACUCGCGCUUAUUCGCCGCCGUAAUCGGCAGUGGCAUCCAGAUAUUUUUCAUGGCUCUGAUUACGAUAUUCUUUGCGAUGCUGGGAAUGUUGUCGCCGGCGAGUCGAGGAGCCUUGGGCACUUGCGCGAUAUUUUUGUACGUGUUCUCCGGUUUAAUCGCCGGCUACUUUUCGGCCCGAUUGUACAAAACUAUGCGGGGUCGAGAGUGGAGAAAAGCCGCUUUGCUGACAGCGACGUUCUAUCCAGGUAUAGUCUUCACAACGUGUUUCUUCCUAAAUUUCUUCAUAUGGGGGAAGCAUAGCUCCGGUGCGGUUCCCUUCACCACGAUGGUAGCCUUGCUAUGCCUCUGGUUCGGCAUUUCGCUGCCUCUCGUCUAUCUUGGUUACUUCUUUGGUUAUCGCAAGCAGCCCUUUACGCAUCCAGUUAGAACGAAUCAAAUUCCCAGACAAGUUCCUGACCAACUAUGGUAUAUGAAUCCAAUAUUGUGCACUCUAAUGGCUGGAAUCUUACCAUUCGGCGCAGUAUUCAUAGAACUCUUCUUCAUCCUAACUGCGCUCUGGGAAAAUCAGUUUUAUUAUCUUUUCGGAUUUUUAUUCCUCGUUUUCUGUAUCCUUGUAAUUUCAUGCUCGCAGAUAUCAAUAGUCAUGGUUUACUUCCAAUUAUGUGGCGAAGAUUACAGGUGGUGGUGGCGCAGCUUUAUCGUAAGUGGUGGAUCCGCAGUCUACGUGCUGGCGUAUUCCGUUUUUUACUUCGUUACCAAACUGAAAAUCACUGAGUUGGUGCCGACCCUCAUGUAUUUUGGCUACACCGCAUUAAUGGUCCUCACAUUCUGGCUACUGACCGGCACGAUCGGUUUUUUUGCCGCGUAUGCCUUCAUCAGGAAAAUAUACGCGGCCGUCAAGAUAGACUAGUCAAAAUUAUCAUUAGUAGAGUAAUGCGAGCGAAUAAAUUUAGACUUUUAAUUUAAUCAAGCGAAAAAGAGGGGAAGAGAGAGGGGACGAGCGAGAGAAAGAGUGAGAGAGAGCUGAUAUUUCGUAUUGUGUAGAAACGAUAAGUGAAAUGAACAUCUCAAUGGAUGCAUUUCAUCUUCCAUGAAAUUUCGAAACUGCGAACGUUGCACAGAAUUUUGUGAUUAACAUGUACGAAUAUUUAAUGUAUUGACAUUAAGAUUUCUAUUUGUCUAUUCUUUUGCAUUCAUUAUAAUAAGUGUAAGCUCCAUGUUCGUCGCCCAAGAUUUGAAAAAUCAUCGCGAAUAUCAAAAAUAACAGGAACAAAAAAUGAAUAUUGAAAACACAUUUUCAAGACAUCAUA